UUUCCAACAACAUGGCCGUCUAACAUCGACACCCCGUGCAAGUCUCCACGAAGCUGACCAGCCGUAUUUCGAGAUAAACAAGCAGAAACAAAAAAAGUAUUCAAACUGGCGCCGUUCAAGUUUCCAUUCACAAAAAUGUCCAAAUCUCGCAGCAACGAGGAGAAAGAGCGAGACAAAGAGAAAGAGAACGAGACAGAAAAGGAGAAGGGUUGCGAGAAGGAAACGGAGAAAGAGAGCGACAGCGAGAACGAAGAUGAGAGAAAUGAUCGUGUGACGAGCGAAGAUAAGGCGAAGGGACAAAAGGUCCAUCUACCGAUGAAUCGACUACGAUUGACCGAUGAAACUGAAUCGAAUUUAAAGUCGUCGAUGUUUGAUUCGAACAGCCUGAUGGUGAAGAAUGAUCCAGCCAUACCGAGCUCUCCUCCCCCCUCCUACGAGCACGUUAUCGAACAGACACGACUGGAGCACGCAGCCGAGGCGCAGAAGUACGAGGGUGGAAAGAGCCACGGAAACGACGCGUCUGGCGAAGAUAAUAGAACAAAAGCGCCCAAGAUCCUUCACAAGUCGAGCAAAGAGUUGUACAGGGCGGUGGCGAAACAGUGGGGCAUCACUUGCAAGAUGAGCGACCAUUGUAGAUGCUUGGAUUGUCAGAGCCGCUAUUUCGACUGCGAAUACGACAAAAACGAACACCAGAAGACUGACGGUGGACUGGGUGCUGGUACACCGAUGUUCAUCUCGGAGGUGAUGCAAGGUUCCGGUUGCGUCCUCCUCUAA